AUUUUGGUUUCUUUCCAGUAGGUCCGACCCCAGAGCAGUAGCAGGAGGUUCCAGCUUCGUCUAGCGCUUCUUUGCUAAAAACCCAAAGUCAUCAGAGUUACCGCGAAAGCCCAACUGAGCUUUUAACUUUGGACCGAUCAAUUGCCAUGGGGAAAAUGCUAUUCAUCUUCAUAAUGAAUUUGCUUAUUCUUGGGGUGACACAAGGGAAAAGUUCAGCAAAGAACAAAGUUAACAGUACUGGCCAUGUCAACCCGAGGACGUUCAGAGGCCACACCAUCCCUGUUCAGCUUCCACUUCCUCCAAACUCCACAGAAACUCUACUGCACUCUUCCUCCUCGCCAGCCGCCCGACCAGCGCUGCUGUUGAUCGGCAACGACACUGUGACAUACCUCAGAGGCACCUUCAGCACUCGGGCUAUUCCAGGCAUCUACAUUCUGGCAAUCGCUGUGGGGCUUCCUGCCAACAUAGCCAUCCUGCUGUUGGUCGGGGCCAAGGUACGGACGGUGUCGUCGGCCAUUUUGUACUGCAGCCUGGCGGUCUCAGACCUGCUGCUUCUCCUCAGCCUCAUACUGAAGACACACUAUCACCUGGCCGGCAACGACUGGGCGUUCGGCGAGACCGCCUGUCGCCUCACCACUGCUUGCUUCUACGGCAACCUCUACUGUUCGGCGCACACGCUAGCCUGCAUUAGCGCAAAACGCUACCUGGCCGUUGCGCACCCGUUCUUCUACAAGAGCCUUCCCAAGCGCUCCUGCACGGCCUGGGCCAGCCUGGCCGUGUGGGUUGUCUUUUCAGCCGCUAUGGUUCCUGAGCUUCUGGUCCACCAGACUUACGAUGUCCCUCAGCUUGGGAUUACCACCUGCCAUGACGUCCUUCCCUCCGACCAGAGCAGUUACAACCUUCUGGUGUAUUACAACCUGGGCCUGACUUUACUAGGCUUCCUGUUCCCCCUACUGGUCAACGUGGCUUGCUACACCUCCAUCGUCUGGCAGCUGAACCGCUCUCACCAUGACUGGGGCCUCUACAUCAGGGCCAGCUCUUUGGUUUUGCUCAUCUUCAUCUUUUGUUUUGGGCCUAGCAGUUGCCUUCAUUUCCUGCACUAUGUGCUGCUCUACUCGAGCGGAAACGAGAGCUUCUUUGCCUACUUCAGCAUGGCCGUCUGCCUGUGCUGCCUCCAUGGGUGCUUGGACCCCUUUCUGUUUGUGGUCAUGUCCAGGACUGCAGGCUCAAAGCUUUACUUCAUGACCCGCAAAGGAAAGACACUCAGCAUUUCAGCUUAGACCUAGAAGCCGACAAACGGGAGUUUUCAUUGGCCGAUACCUACCCUGAUAUUCGCAGAGCUUGCUUAUUUCCGUUUAAGCACGUGUAAAAUGUGGACUUGUCUCAGCAACAGUGGUGCACAUCAUCUACUGAGGUGAUUGCUAGGCACCUUCACGACACAAGGGGCUGUAUCAUGAUACAGGGUUUGUUUUUUUUUUACCAGUGACUAAAUUUGGAUUAUAGUUCUUCAUAAUCAUCUCCAGCAAAACGAAUUAAAUAUUUGCCCUUAUUUGCAUAAGGAGUGUAGCUUCUAUUACAGCUUCUAUUAUUUGCAUUGUGUCAUGUGUUUUAAAAAAAAACACACACACAAACACGCUUGUUUUUUAUUUCUCUGAGCACUGGUGAAAGAGUUGAAUUGGGACUUGGAUCUUGGACAGUAAAAUCCAGCCUCCCAAGCAGCACCCAUUAUACAUGGACACAAAUCUAGAGUCAUUUGAAUAGCCAGAACUGAAAAGGGCACAAUGUGUUGCCUGGACUCUGAUGUAUGUAUGUCUCUCUCUGUGUGUGUGUGUGUGUGUGUGUGUGUGUGUGUGUGUGUGUGUGUGUGUGUGUGUGUGUGUGUGUGUGUGUGUGUGUGGAAUGGUGUGGAAGGUUAGUACAGAGGUACCCUUGUUGAUCAAGGUGACAGUUGUUUCUAAAACCUUUUUAGCUGUACAAACUGGAAUUUGUUUGUUAGGCCUAAUGCUUAAAUGUUUAAUAGCUCUUAAUUUUGUAAAUGAGUCAUUAAAGCAAAGCUAAAAAUGUGCA